CUACAAAGAAACAGCUUUAAAAGGAAUAAAAAUUUAAUUGAUUUUCCUCCGAAAGUUUCCAUCUUUAUGCAAAAAGAGAGAAUCUAAGAUCGAUUCGCUAUAAGGGUAGUAUCCGGUUCCUCACUCGGAGCUCCGGAUCACUCAGAUCUGUUGAAAGUUUCGAUUUUUCUUCGGAAUUGAGAAUCGAAUCACGAGAUGUCGAAGCCUUGGGGUGGAAUCGGCGCUAGUUGGGCCGACGAGGCUGAACGCGCCGACGAAGAGCAGGCGGCGGAUGAGCAGAGCUUCCCGAGUUUGAAGGAGGCUGCGACUACCACCAAGUCCAAGAAGAAAAAGAAGAUGACUUUAUCAGAGUUCACCAAGGGAGCUGGAAGCGGUUCUGUUGGGAUGACGAGGGAGCAGAUGAUUCAGCUUCCCACUGGUCCGAGGCAACGCUCCGAGGACGAAAUGCAGCGUGGUGGUAUUGGCGGUGGGUUCUCUUCUUACGGUGGAGGAAGGUCUAGUGGAAUGUCGAGAGGUGGAGAUGAUUCUAAUGGGUCUUGGGGCGGUGGUGGUGGUGGGAGGAGAGGUUAUGGUGGGUUUGAUGAUGAUCAGAGAGGCUCCUCUAGAGUUUCAGAGUUCCCACAAGUGUCUAGAGCUGAUGAGGUUGAUGAUUGGGGGAAAGGGAAGAAGUCGGUUGCGGCGUUUGAUCAGGGACGUCAAGGUCGUUAUGGUGGUCUUGGAAGCGGUGGUGGUAGUUAUGCAGGAGGAGGUGGUAGUGGUGGCAGUUAUGGAGGAGGAGGUGGUGGCAGUUAUGGAGGUGGAGGUGGUGGCAGUUAUGGAGGUGGAGGAGGAGGUGGUGGCAGUUAUGGAGGUGGAGGAGGAGGUGGUGGCAGUUAUGGAGGUGGUGGAGGAGGUGGUGGCAGUUAUGGAGGUGGAGGUGGCUUGUCUAAAGCUGAUGAGAUUGAUAAUUGGGGAGCUGGUAAGAGCCAUUCGUCUCUCACAAAGUCAUCUACAUUUGGGUCAGGUCCAGAGCCUGACCGUUGGGCAAGAGGAGUCUCUUCAGGUGGUGUUCAAGAAGAGCGUCGUCGUCUUGUUCUUGAACCAAGAAAGGUUGUUGUUGUUGAUAGUGGAGUGAGUGAGACUCAAACCGAUGCGAAGACGAGUAAGCCGAGUCCAUUCGGAGCAGCUAGACCGAGAGAGCAAGUUUUGGCGGAGAAAGGAUUGGACUGGAAGAAACUUGACUCUGAUAUUGAGGCUAAGAAGGGGAGCUCUCAAACGAGCGCACAAUCAAGCAGACCAUCAAGUUCUCAGUCUAAUAGGUCCGAGAGUUUAGCAUCGAACAACAAUGUGGAGAAACCGAGACCAAAGGUGAAUCCUUUUGGAGAUGCAAAGCCUCGGGAAGUGUUGUUGGAGGAGCAAGGGAAAGAUUGGCGCAAGAUGGAUUCUGAACUCGAGCAUCGCAGUGUUGACAGGCCUGAGACAGAAGAGGAGAGACUGUUGAAGGAAGAGAUAGAAGAGCUACGGAAGAAGCUCGAGAAGGGAGCAGCCAUCGCACCAGAGAGCAAGGAAACUCAACAAGAAUCAUCAGACAGUGAUAACCAUAAUCUACUACGCGAGAAAGAGAAAGACCUGGAGUUGCUAAUCCGUGAGCUGGACGACAAAGUGAGGUUCAGGCCAAGAGCAGCUGAGAGGCCUGGAUCCGGUGCAGGCAGAACAGGUAGUAACUAUGGUGAGAGACCACAUUCCAGAGGUGGAUCAGUUGAUGAGUCUAGGAGUGUGGAAUCAUCCAUGGAGAGACCGAGAUCGCGUGGCGCAGGUGGUGGUGAUGAUAGAAGAAACUUCCAAGGAAGCAAGGAACGUGGUUUCUUCAGCAACAGGAACUUCGACAGAUCAUCGACGUCUAGGAAUGGGUGGUAGAAGAAGGAGAAUGGAGUCUGGUUUGCCGACCGUUCCCAGGUUUUGAAGAAGACAUUGAAAGAGAAGGUUCAAUAAUAUUUAAUAAAAAGAAAUUUUUUAUCUCCUUUGAGAAACCUAAUUUUUGGAGGUUUUUUUUGUUUUUGUAUUUGAUUCAUCUUUCUGAAAUCGUAGCCUAAUGGCUUCGUUCUUCUAAUUUCUGUAUUUGUUUGGUUGUUGGCUCUUCAAACGGCAGAGCGCGAGAUUUGAGACAAUUAAUGUGUGUUCGGUUCUU